AUGGGAGCAGAGGAAGGGGUGGAGGAGGGAAAGUCUACCAUUGAUCAGGAGAAUACCUCAUCGGAAGAAUUGGAAAUUGCUAAACUUGACACAACCGCUGAGGAGGAGGAGCUGAAGGUGACUGAUGGUGCAGACCUUGAGAGUCCAGGCACAGCUAGAUAUCAGGAAACGCCUAGUGAGCCCCCUGAGGGGCAGGACAACACCCAAGAAGCCCGGGAGAAUGAAGAACCUAAACUCCAAGAAGAGCACAAACAAUGGGGGCAAGACGCUGAACCCCAAUAUAGUUCAGAUGACCCAAAUGAAGAUGAAGAGGUCCGGGAAGCUCUUAUCCACCAGUACCAUGCACUGCUUUCAGAAAAGGAAAAGGUCCAGCAGCAGAACUCUCAGCUCCAACACAAACUCUAUGAGUACUUCCGACGCAAGAAAGGAGAAGACACUCGGCCCGAGAUUGAGAAGCACGUCUCAGACCAAGAACAGCGCUACCUGAAGUUCCUGGCUACAAUGGAGGAGAUGAGGAAGAAGUUCAAAGAAGACACCGUCCAGCACGAGCAGCAGAUUGAAGAGCUAAGAGUCCAGUGUCAGGAAGUUGUAAGUCAAGUGGACAAAGAGUGGGCUACUUUCCAAGAGCAGAAGAAGAAGAUCGCUCUAUAUGUCGUUAACCGAGGUGCUGGAAAGCAUGCUGCAUCUUCUUUUUCUCAAGAAGCAGUACAACUCCAAGCCAAGGAAGAGCGCAAGGAGAAGGAAGUAAUACAGGUCCGCCUGGAGAACAUCAAACUCAAAAACCAGAUAAAUCACCAUGAGUCCACCUUGCGCUCCAAAGAGGAGCUAGCUGAAGGUUUGCACCUCAUAGACUUUGAGCAGCUUAAAAUCGAAAACCAGACCUACAAUGAGAAGAUCGAGGAGAGAAAUGAGGAGCUUCUCAAACUAAGAAAAAAGAUUACUAACACUGUGCAAGUGCUGACUCACCUGAAAGAGAAGCUACAGUUUGUGCAGACCGAAAACCAAGAACAGAAAGACAGGCUCAUGGAAAUUGAGGCCUUGGUGGCUCACAAAAGAGACAUUCUAACCAGAACGAAGCAGGCCAGAGACAGCUUGAGGAUGGACAACCUGAAACUCAAACAAAAAUGUGGGCUGCUUGGUAACAAGACCUUACUUAGAGACUUUGAGGAGAAGGUUGAUGCCACUGAGGAGCUUCGCCAGAAACUGGAGGGCCUGAAGCGUCGUCAUGCUGAGCUCACCCUGUCCAGCAAAGGAGUGAUGAGAAAAAUAGAAGACUCCAAGUUAGUUUUAGAAAGUUAA